GUACGCGCAAAAGAUAAAAGGAAAAUGGCCAGUGAAGCACGCGUUGUGCAGCUGCAAACUAGUUGCGGAUCCCUCAGCGUUGAAUUGUACGAGAAUUACUGUGCAGAUGCGUUCUGGCAGCUGGCGUGUAGUGGGCAACUUCGCCGACUUAUCUUUCGGCGUGUGUUGGCCGGCUUCGCCAUUGUGGGUGAGGUCGACAACCUCUGCGCGCGGUGCACCACCGCAGAUGAGGUGGCAGCGGUGGAGGGCAGCUCCGAAGGGCCGGGGCUGCGGCACGUGGGUGCGGGGCUGCUGAGCUGCCGCCCAGUCAUGGGCACGCCGGCCUGCAGCAGAUUUGUGGUGACGCUCUCGCCGCAGCCGCAGCUGGACUCGACGCAGGUUGUAUUUGGUCGUGUUUACUCCGGCUUCGCGACGGUAGAGAGCAUCGCACGGAUGCAGGUGGACACGAACUUCACUCUCUACACACCAGUGACAACUGUGAAGUGCAUCACGGCUGUUCUUCCGAAAGGGACACCGCCGAAUAGUGCGAACGGCAGGUCAGCUGCAGAGGGCUGCGUCGUGAAGUCGGUGUCGUCUGUGCCGCUGGUCUCUUUGCUGGAGUAG